AUGUCCUCCCCCGACCUCCCAAUGAAAGAAUCCACCCGCCUCCGCCUCCUCUACCUCACCAAGCGCCUCCACCUCGACCACCCCGAAUACACACGACUCCGUUCCUCAUCCUCCCCCGACACCACCCCAAGCGAAAUCCAGGACGCCCACGACGACUUCACCAAGACCGAAAGCAAGCUCGAAGCCGCCAUCAACGGCCUCAUGCUCGAGACAACGGGCAUCCCUUUCUCGAGCUUCGCGGCCGUCGUCGAUCGCAAUAUCGCUCAAGCUCAAGCACAGACGUCGGGAGACGCGGUGGAGGACGAAAUUAGCGGCGAGAGGUCUGAUGAGCGGACGCGUGACCGGCUCGGGAGGUUUGAGAGUUUCGUUCGUGGGAAGCUGGCGCAGGAUCUGGGCGGGACUGGGGGUGGCGAGGCGUCUGAGUGGGAGGAGACGGAGGAAGUGUUGGGGGGAGAUGGCACGGUUGUCCGGAAGGGGGACGAUGGAGGCUCGCUGCCACGGGGAGCGCUCGAGCCGGUAGGAGGGACGCAGAUCGAAUCGAAGAAGGGUGCGAAGUCAGGAGAGGAGGGAGAGUCCAGAUUCGAGGGUGGCGCCAAGGAGGGGGCGGAGGAAGCCAAUAUCAAGGCGGCAGGCGAGGAGAAGGAUAGCGAGGCUUGA